AUGACCAUCCGAUCAAUCACAAGAAGAAGACAUCAAGAGGAAGUAUUCUACAACUCUCUCAAGCAAUUUCCAACCGAAAUUAAACUCUAUAUUCUAUCAUUUGCCUUUCCAGAUUCUAUAUUGAUAAGAUUUAAAUUCUCCGAUCCAAACUUUAAAUUUUGCAACAUUAUUAGAACUGUAACUAUAUCACCAGAAGCUAACAUUGCUGGUCUGAACCGAUAUCCCUUCCUUGAAACUGUUGUAAUUACCAGAAAUAAUUUCAAUGAUGAUGGAGCUUUGGGAGAAAAUGUAGAUCCAGCCAAGAUCAUCGAUCUUACUCAAGAUGGAAUUGAAAACUGUGUUGAUUUGACAGAUGAACCGGUAGAAUAUCCAGAAAGUGUUAAGAAUUUCGAAGUAGAGGAUGUUGACUUGGAAGAGAUUCAAACAUUUCCUCCAAAUAUGGAAAGACUCUCAAUAAUUUGCAGACGUUAUCAUACUCCUUUCAACCUUCCCCUGCUUUCAAAUCUUAAAACUUUGAAAUUACAUAGAGUGCAUUUAUUUAGUGAUCUUCUCGAUUUUAGUGGUAUUGAAGAUUUGGAAUUGGUUAAUAUUCAACUGUCAUGUCCAGAUCAUUCGAUAGCUUUUGGUGCACCAAAACCUGCGCUAAAAAUUGCAAUUUCUCCAUAUACCAAGAGGCUUGUGCUUUUUGGUUUCUUUAUUAUCAAUAUCCUUUUUGCAAAUUAUCAAUUACUGGAACACUUGAAAUAUCUACAUCUUGAAGGUAAUAAUAUAAAAGGAGGUCAAUCUUACUAA